UUUAGUCGGAACGAGAUGGUUUGGUCGAGUUUGUGAUGCCAAGUGGAGAUGGUCAGUCUAGAUUGUGGUUAUUGGACAAUUUUCCACGGUCAACUUUCAACGAACCACCCGCGGGUAAUUUACCCAUGAUGCUGUCACUUUUCAACCGCACGGUCAUCUCUCAUAUUACAGGCAUACAUACCACCAUUUGCGCUGACAGGACGGAUCUAGAUGGAUUCACAAAUGUAUUGCCGAUGUGUAGGAGUGGAACUAUAACUGGUGACCGUGUGGUGGUGGAUACGUACGACACAGGAGGGUUAGGACACAACAGUUGCCAGUGUACAGUUAGACUGACUCACACUCAUAAUGUCCCUGUCCGUUUCGACGUCAGUGCUUAUCCUGAUACAGCGCCGACGUCUGAUUGUAGAAGUAAACUAAGAUUUACCAGGCUUGGUUAUAAUACAUUUAUAGAAUAUGAAUGUCAGCAAAUUAGUGGGGACAUCAUCACCAACUUUACAUUCAAUGAGGUUUAUAAUAUUACGUUAACCAGAUCAGAUAACAACAUCCCGUGGCAGUCUGGGUACUGUAUCUACAUUAGAUCAGAUGUGUCUUUAAAUUUUACCUGUGAAGCGCCUUCUCCAACGUUAACGACAACAAAGGCGACGACGACGACGACGACGACGACAACUACAACAACAACAACCCAACCAUUAACAACCUCAUCAACACCACCAACAGUAUCACCAGCAUUACCUCCAGCUGAUGUCAUAUGUGGGUGUUGUAAAUGCGAUGAUCCCGCUUUUCCAUUAGCCGCCGUGAUUGUGCCCAUAAUGGUAUCCGUACUGGUGGUGGCUUUGGGUACGGCAGUAAAUAUAAUUCUGUAUAGACGGCGUAUUACGUUAGUCAAUGAACCGAAAACUGGUGGGAUGACCUCAACAGACCCUGUCCACUACGACAGUCUUGACCAGUCACGUGUUGAACUCCCAAAUACGUACGAGGAAAUAUCUACCACACAAACCUACGUCAAUAUGGCGUUGGACACUUAAAUAUAGUCCUGCUGGUUUAUCUUAGUCAAUGAUAUAUAUACCUACAGAAAACAUUACAUAUCAACAAUUUUCUCUGUUUCCGUUGUAUUUAUAAAGAUAUUCGUUUUCCAUAAUUUUGCUUGAUAUUAUAGAAAUAGCGAAAACUAUCACCCAUUGUAUGUAACAACGGUCUCAGUAGGUAAAAGUAAAAUCCACAGGAAAGGGCAAAGGUAUUUCAUUGAAAGGACUUCUUGAACAAUAGGUGCAUUAUAUGAUUUAUGUUUACAACCAUAUGCGAUGGUAGUGUGGAUCUAAUAGUGCAAUGGCAUUUUAAUAUUUCAGCACAGACACUAGCAUAUUGGCAAGACGACCCUUUACCCAACAUGAUUAAUUGGAGCUUUAUGAACAAAAGGAAAACACUUUCCUUGAAAAUCCUACGCAGCUAAUUUUUCGGAGAUUCAAAUCCAGUCAGCUUCUUUAAGUAGAUACAAGUGUAUUAUACAACUAGCAUUGUACAUUUGUCUGUAUUUGGAAAUUCCAAGACAAAGGCAUCUAGUCUCUUUAAUUAUGAUUUUUUUGCAUAAUUCCAUUUCCUGUUUAUAUAUAUAAAAAAAAGAAUAAGGCUUAUUGACAACCACGAUAAACUGUCCGAUUUUCGCAAAGACGAAACACUGUCCGAUCAUUCUUAAGUAUUGUGUUCUUUCAAAAUACUGGAUAAUGAGAAGGAUGCUGUACAACUUUAUAUAAACGUCUUAUUACCAUUCUUAUUUCUGAGAUAUUGGGAUAUUUAAUUAAUCUUGAACAUUCUUUCCUAGGAUUUUUUUCCCCUUCAAAUUAUUUAAUUUUUUCUACUCUUUACACUAUAUUCGUCCUUUCAGAACAGCUUAAGGACCAUGAUGGGAGCCUUCUUUUCAAAGUUAUAAGUACAUAGCUGUGAACUAGACGGGAACAUACAUGCAUCUAAUUUAGCAUACGAAAACUGCCCAUGUGAAAUGAGAAAGUGAGAAUGAUUGAAUAUUUCUUGAGUUUGUAUUGGUGACAAGAUCGUCAAAAAAACUAUUGCAUCCCCAAGGGAAUAAGCUGUAAAAAAAACGCCAGUAUCACCUAGAGGUAACGAUGUUCUACCUUUUGAUAACAAAACCUUUAUUGGCCAUGUCGACUGGAUACAUCGUGAAGAAGUUUAAAUGAAGUACACCACAUACUCUUCAGCCGUUCACCCCGAUCUUUUUGUAACCAGCCGGGUAAGGUUACAAAUAAUCUGUAUGAUAAGCGUGUGAAUUUCAAUUUUACCAAAUGUUAAUUCUCAAUUAUUUCUAGAUAGUGACAUUCCUAAGGUGUUUACAUGUCUCAGUCGAUUUAUUAUCCAAGGGUAAGGUACGCUUUCGUAACUUAGCUAAACGAGGCUAAAGGGAAGUAACUCGACUCAGCAAAUAAAUCUCUUUCACUCAUCUUAAUUUAAUCAAAGUUUUCUCAUCAUUUAACAUUUGGUAUGAUAUGUUUUUCAUGAUUGUUCAACCAUUCUGGAAUUCUAAAAGUGAUCUUAAUUUUGAUAAAUUUCAAGAUCAUCUAAUUGAUGAUACUUCUUGUAAUUGUGGUGCACCUAGGGAAGAUCUUACUCAUUUUUUCUUUCAAUGUCCUUUGUAUGAUAAUAUUAGACAUUACAUUUUUAGUAUUCAUGACUUAUUAGGCUACUUAGAUUUGCACUGCCUAUUAUAUGGUAUCAAUAAUGAUUCUGACCAUUUAAAUAAUACCAUCCUUAUAAAUGUUGAUUCUUAUAUAAGAUUAUCAAAGCGUUUCUGUACUUACUCGUGAAAAAUACACAUAUAUGAUAUAAUAUGAUAUUUGUAUAUUAAUAAUGAAAAAUAUGUUAACUGUAUAUUAACAAUAUUCUCAAUGGGAAUUACAUAUAAAAGUGUGUAAGUAGGUGUGCGUGUGUGUGAAAGCUGAAUUAGGUUAUAGUUAGAAAUGUACAUCUCUACCGGAAUAGAAGAAGACUGAUAUAGGCAUAGCCUGUUGUCUGAUUCUUUUGUAAAUACUCAUUUAAUGACUGUAAUUAAUGUACUUUGUUAAAAUGUAUUUACAAUAAAAUAUUUUUGAAAUUGAAAAUUCUGGAAUUGCUUGAGAAAAAAAAAGCCCAUAUUGGCCAAUUGAUUUUCCGAGACAUGUAAAAACCUAUAUUAUUUCUAUUCUGAAAGAUAAUCCCCUAGAUAUAACAAUUUGGACUGAAUUUCGUAUCAGAUGGCAUCGUCAUCAUUUUAGAAGGCCCAUAACAAACAGUAGCGAUCACAUGUACAGGGGAGUACAAGAUGGACAUGUUCUGCUAUUACUCUAUCGUGAAUGAUAUUUCAUGUCAUUCAUCCAUUUAAAACUCUUACCGAUAUAUCACAACAGGGAUAACCAAUUCUUACAACACCUCACUCUAUUUUGGAAAGCGAAAAGAUCAGAGAAAAUCGUUCUCAUAGCCCCAGGUCUAAACAAGUGAACACGUACCAUAAGUUAUUCUUUAUUCAAUUAUCCAAUGCGAUAAACAACACAAAAUACAGAAAUAUACUUCACUGCGACAGAGGUAAUGAAUCUGACUUAUAAAACAAAUCAUUUCUCAUACUGUACGCAACGUGUUAUGGACAAAAAUAUGUAUGCAUCUACAAUGUACAAACCAUGGAUUUCAUUUAAUUAUAAAUUGAUCAUAUCCAAACUACUCACCAUAUCACUGAUUGCCAAUGUAAGUAUAUCAUUUAUAAAAUCAAUCAAAGUAUUUAAAUUAUAUUUCCGCCAAAACUCAAUCACAAUUUUUAUCAUUUUAAAAAAUAAUUUUUUCGCGCCACCUUUUGGCACUGCAUAACACAGAGAAAAUAAUUUCACCCUAAUUCUUACCCGUCAUACGGUUGGAAUUAUAUUUUUCCUUUGAAUACAAAUAAGAAUCAAUUUGGCAUAAAUAUAUCAAUGAUGUGACUACAAAGACAAAAUAUUUUAUUGAUCAUGACAGGUAACCUCAAAUCACUGUAAUAAAGAAUUUUUAUUAGCAUAAUGGGUUUGUGAUAGCAAGCCACAGACUGCAAUAUCUUCUUUAAUAUAUACAUGUAUAAUAUAGCAAUGAUAUAUAUAUAUUAUUGAAAUGUUAUUAAAUUCAUCAUAAGAUAAGGGAUUUUUUCAAUUCA